UGAACUGCGCCGAACCGUGAAAAUUUGAAUCCAAUUUGUGACCGCAAACAAAAAAUUCGCUCCAAAUAAACAAAAUAAUAACAGCAUACAAAUAUAAACAAAUAAAUUAACAGACAAAUCAUAAUAUUUUCGAGUAACCAUAGUAACCCACAACAACAAAAACCGAUCAGGAAAAUGAACACAAACAAACAAAAUUGAAUGCGGGAAUAGCUUUUAUGCAAAACUUGCAACAACAACAACUACAAUUGCAGCAGCAACAUUUCUAUGUAGAUGACCUAGCAAAUAUGGAAAAUUUAGAAAAUAUUGGAGGAGAACCUCCUCUACCACCGCCACGCAAAUAUGUAUCAAUUUUCCGUAUAGAUGGUGAACCCAUUUUACCGCCACUGAUGACAACCGAAAAACGACGACAAAUGCAAAAGCUAAAAGAUAAAGCCUUAAAAAUAGAACAACGCAUACGAGAACGAAAACAACGAGGGCAUGGAGAAAAUAAUCUUAUAAAUGAAGAUAUAAAAAGUGAAUCCUCGCGCUCCUCAUUACACAAUGCAGGUGCUGGUAACAUCUCCCAACGUUCCCAAGAUUACUAUGAAAGUAAACUUAAAGAAACAGAAGAAUCUAUGCAGUUAUUACAGAGUUUAAUGAAAAGACAAUCAGGAGGUAUAGAAGAAACUACUAAAGAAACUGUGAACACUGCAUGCAACACCACAACACAUUUUCAGCGAGAUGAUAAUCAGGAAAAAUUGCAAAAAUUACAAAAAUCAGAAAUAUUAAUCUAUGAUAACUCUACAAAUGAAGUAAUACAAGUACCAGCUGAUAAAGACAAAAAAAUAUUUGAAGAUCAAAGGACAAAUAUUAAGGAAACUGAACGUAAAACUAACAUUAACUAUGAGCUACCCAAAAAGCCCAGUCAUUUGCUAUUGGCGGGGGUAAAUGGUAAAGGAAUGGCGGCUAUACCUUCAAUAUGUCUUAAUCCUCCCACACCCUUAACGAUUAAUAGGCCCAUGUGUGAGACUUUAAGCGCUGCAGGCAGUAGCGAGUCUUUGAUUAUCUCCGAAAAACCAAAUAAUUUGUUACAAGAAGAUUAUAGUUCAGAUGAAAGUUUUAGCAGUAUGAUAACACAAUCCGAUAAAAGGUCAACGCGAAGAAUUAGCAAAAAUAAUAUAAAACCUGAAAGAGGUGUUAGUGCUGAAAGAAAACCUUUGACUCCGGUGAAAAAUGUAUCCGCCAAAAUUCAACAAUUUGAGGCCAUCAGCAGUGAUACCAAUAGUCCUCACACAAGUCCGGAGAAAUUAUAUAAGAGUCGAAAAUCUUGUUUAGGAACUACAACUGGUACUAUGAGUCGUUCAGCUACUAGUCCUUCCAUCAAACUACCCAACAGCAAUCGUUCAUCUUCAUCCAGAUCACAAAGUUUAGCUCAAGAUUCAGACAAUUCACCAGAAAAUAAUUUAGUACGUUCAUCAUCCUUCACCUUAGAGGGACCUUCAAAAGCUCUUAUCGAUCAUAUGCAACAACAAAAAACUAUUACUGAAAACAAAACUGCCGUUAAAUCUCCAUUAAAUACAACACGUUCUAUAGUUAGGAAGACCAUAUCUUCACCCUUAAGAGCCCACCGGGAUACGGUCGAAUCAAAAGCCAAGAAAGUGCAAAAAGUGGAACUUAAGUCAUCCAAACUAAAGACUCAACAGAAAGUCUCACAAAGUAAAUUGGCACAGGCUGCUGUAGCCUCUAUAUCCCCCUAUAAUACCACCGCCCUAACCCAGCAUACCACUAAUAAUUUGUAUAAAACCAAAAGAUCACCCUAUGACAUUUCAAAAACUUCUCAUACCUCCCUACAAACAUUACAAAAGACAUCUGGGACACAAAUGCGUAAAUCAAAUUCCACAUCAAAUAAUUUGGCUCAAAAUAAAACCUCCAAAACUAAAAUUACAUCACACACAUCCACUCCUACAUCUACAGCAUCCAAUUCAGCCAGAACUCCUCAAAAUGGCAAUGGUUCCAUUAGCCAAAUGGAUAAGUUACAAAAAGAUAAAUUUAUGCGUUUAUUGGCACAACAGGAAGAAGAACACCGAAAAUUGCAACAAUCCUUUGAAAUGCAACAGAAAAUGUUAAUCGAACAACUUAACCGAGAAAUGGCUUCAGCACAAUUAAAAUCUCCCAAUAAUUCUUACAAUUCUUCUGCUAUAAAUUCAACAUUGCAUUUUAAAAGACAAGAACAACAACCUCUUUCGCCUCAAUUACAAAAUCAAUUGAAUUUAACAGGACUUUCAUCUGAAACCUGUCCUAAAAAGCCUACAACUCCUUCAUAUGACUUUAAACAACCAAAGUCUUAUGCUAAACAACAAACACAACAGCCUUCUCCUUCAUCAAUUAGUAAUAAUAGUUCAUAUGUAUCCAUGGCUAAAAAUGAUUCAUUAACUACUAAUUCCCAACAUUCAUCAUAUGGCUCUCAUUAUACUCAAACGUCGCAAACCAUUCCUUUCAAUAAUUCCCUUUUAACUACAAUUGAUCAUUCAAAUGCUAAUACUUCUUUGGAUAUUUCCACGCUAUCAACUCAAACUUCUCCCGAUACAUUGUGUGCUACACCUACUACACAAAAUAAUGCUGUUAAUACGACAUCAUCAUCACGACGCAGAUUAUUUACCGAAAUGAAUGAUAUAGGCUGUGAGAGAAAUAAUCUGACAUCCCGUUCUACCGGCAGCUCAUCACAUUCUUCGGGCCUUCGGCCAGAUGAUUCGAAUAGAAGUCCAAAGUCUGCUCUGACCAAUAAUGAUAGUAAUAGACGUCUUCAUUACUAAAAUGUAAAACUAACCCAAGGAUUUAUAAGAAUUUAAAAUAAGUAGCAAAAAAAAAACAAAAAAACUCAAGACUUAAUUAACUGUAGACACUCCUAACUACAACUGGAGCAAUUUAGAAAAUAAAUUCCAAGCUCAAGUGCACCUUAACUAUUUAAAUGAUUAAUCCCACUCAAGUAUUAAAACAAUAAUUUAUUUACAAUAAUAACAUCUAAUAUAUAAAUGUGCCUUAUUAAAAAUUAUAAAAAAAACCACCAACUAAAAAGUAGUUAUUAAAAAUUACUAAAAAAAUAACAACAAUAAAGUAAAACUCUCCCUCUUAUAUGCUCAUAAUAUAUUUUUAGCACCCUUUAAUAUUUAUAACAAAUUAUAUAAUCAACUAAUUUUCCUUUUAAAUUAUUAAUAAAUUUACUAAUUUAAAAUAUUUUGUUAAUAUUUUUUAUAUAAUAAAUAAAAUUUGAAACCAAUUUUUGAACUAAAUUGAAAAUAA